CCGAGCCGGGCCGGGCUGCGCCUCGCCUCAGCGCAGCGCCGGCAGGGGGGCGAUGGUGGCGGCGUGAGGCGCGGCGGGGCCGGGCUGCGCCCGCCGGGACGGCACCGGGACCGUGACGGGACCCUGACGGGGCACGGCGUGAGCCCGGGGCUCAGCCAUGAGGCCGCGGGACGACAGCCGCGGGGCGCUGCCGCCGCGGUAACGGGCAGCGCCGCCCGAGACCCUCCCGUGUGAGGACCGGGGGCCAGUCCUGCAGUCUCCACAUCAUCCACUGCGUGAGGAAUGAUGAUUCCAUGAGAGAACUUCCUUUCAAUCUUUCUCUUACCCAUCCGCGCUUAUUGCAUGCUGCUCCUGGACAGUGAUGAGCCAUUCAGCUACGCUGGGAUUUUUCCCAUGAAGAAGGGAGAGACAGAAUAUGAAUUGUAGACAUCCCCUCAAGCUUCUUGUGCAUUGCUUUUACUGUAUCUGUCUAUAAAUCUGCUAGCAUUGAGCACAUACACCCUUAAACCUACAUUGGUAUUCCCAGAGUUGCUACUGUGUCACAGGACUGGUAUUUCUCGCCGUCAUGGCUUCAGUUUGGAAAAGACUGCAGCGUGUUGGGAAGCACGCAUCCAAGUUCCAGUUUGUGGCCUCUUACCAGGAGCUGAUGGUGGAGUGCACCAAAAAAUGGCAGCCAGAUAAACUCGUGGUGGUUUGGACAAGAAGAAGCCGAAGAAAAUCCUCUAAGGCUCAUAGCUGGCAGCCCGGAAUCAAAAACCCGUACCGUGGAGUGGUCAUAUGGCCUGUUCCUGAAAAUGUUGAAAUUACUGUGACGCUUUUUAAGGAUCCCCACGCUGAAGAGUUUGAAGACAAAGAAUGGACGUUUGUCAUAGAGAAUGAAUCUCCUUCCGGCCGCAGAAAAGCUCUUGCCACCAGCAGCAUCAACAUGAAGCAAUACGCAAGCCCCAUGCCUACACAAACAGAUGUCAAGUUAAAAUUCAAGCCUUUGUCGAAGAAAAUAGUAUCUGCCACACUACAAUUCUCUUUAUCUUGUAUUUUCCUGAGGGAAGGGAAAGCCACGGAUGAAGACAUGCAAAGCCUGGCUAGUUUGAUGAGUAUGAAGCAAGCUGAUAUUGGAAAUCUAGAUGACUUUGAGGAAGACAAUGAAGAAGAUGAAGAAAACAGAGUGAAUCAAGAGGAAAAGGCUGCGAAAAUUACAGAGCUUAUCAAUAAGCUUAAUUUCCUGGAUGAAGAGGAACCAGACCUGGCUAACUCUAGUACGAACCCUUUUGGUGAUCCCGAUGCAGCAGAAUUAAAUCCAUUUGGAGACCCUGAUGCAGAAGAACCGGAUACUGAAAUCGCUUCAUCUUCAAAGCCAGAAGAAAGUUUCUAUGCUGACAGUUACAAUCCCUUCAAGGAUGAAGAUGCCCCAGAGUACUUGAACCCAUUUGAUGAGCCAGAUCCUGAGCCUGAAGCAUUUGUAACUGCAAGAGAUUCUUCUCCUCAACCUGCGAAAAGGAAAAAUGUCAGACCCGUGGAUAUGAGUAAAUACCUCUAUGCAGAUACCUCCAAAGCCGAAGAGGAAGAGCUAGAUGAAUCAAAUCCGUUUUAUGAACCAAAAUCAAGCCCUGCUUUAAUUAAAGUUGCUCCACUGCAAGAACCAGAAAAGAAGAUGAAAAGAAAGGCUCCUGAACCACCAAACCUCUUGCCAAAGACAGAGACAGGCAUGAGUGAGAACAUGUCAGCUAUUCCUGCAUCGAGGGAGCUUUCUUCUUCUCCUAAGCCAAGCCCAAUACCAAGUCCCAUUUUGGGGAGAAAGCCAAACGCUAGUCAGUCCCUGCUCGUGUGGUGCAAAGAAGUUACAAAAAACUAUAGGGGAGUGAAAAUCACCAAUUUUACAACAUCGUGGAGAAAUGGACUGUCGUUUUGUGCAAUACUACAUCACUUUAGACCAGAUCUUAUUGACUACAAGUCCCUGAAUCCUCAAGAUAUUAAAGAGAACAACAAAAAGGCAUAUGAUGGGUUUGCCAGUUUAGGAAUAUCGCGGUUGCUGGAGCCUUCUGACAUGGUUUUGUUAGCGAUACCUGACAAACUGACUGUCAUGACCUAUCUCUAUCAAAUACGGGCGCAUUUCUGCGGCCAAGAAUUAAACGUGGUUCAAAUCGAGGAGAACAGUAGUAAAAGCACAUACAAAGUGGGGAACUAUGAAACGGACACAAACAGUUCCGUUGACCAGGAAAAAUUCUACGCAGAGCUGAAUGACCUGAAGCGGGAGCCUGAGCUGCAUCCGCCGGAUGGUGGUCUGGCAGACUUUGCUUCUCAGGACGACUCCGUGUUUGUCAAUGACAGCGGUGUCGGCGAGUCCGAGAGCGAGCAUCAGACUCCCGAUGACCAUUUAAGCCCAAGCACAGCUUCCCCUUCUUCUCGCAGGACUCGAAGCGACACGGACCCCCAAAAAUCCCAGCAGAGCUCUGGAAGGACUUCUGCCUCUGAAGAAGUUGGGAAGUGUAGCAGUACAGACACAACACAAGCGCAGCCUGUGUCGGGAAAGAAGAAGUUGCUGAAAGCUGACACGUUAGACUUGAGUGACUUGGCACAUGUCAGCGAUCAAAAGGAGGACACGUCUCCCACCGUUGUUGGUGAAGAUAACGACAAGAAAAGACACCAGAGUUCAGACAGUACCGUUGGUUUCUCAGAGCAGGAAAAGCUGGGGCAUAUGGGAUCCACAGAGAGCACAAGACUAGAUCCUGGUUCACCUGUCGCAAAGCCAAGUUUAUCACCUACUUCUAACCUUGGGUACUUUUAUAAUAAGGAUGCAGAUCUUGCGAAGAAAACGUGUGCUUCUCCGAGGCAAGCAGAAUCUGAAUCUGACAACGAUGCCAGAGCGGCUUUAAAUCAUGCAGAUCCAGCUGCAAAAACAGCCCAGCAACGAAUGUUGUCAAGACAGGAAGAACUUAAAGAACGAGCAAGAGUUCUGCUUGAGCAAGCAAGAAGAGAUGCAGCUUUAAAGGCAGGGAACAAGCAGCUAACGAAUACGAUCAUCCCAGCCCGCAAUAAGCAGCUGAAUGAUCAGCAAGAUGAAGAGCGGCGUCGGCAGCUGAGAGAGAGAGCUCGUCAGCUAAUAGCAGAAGCUCGAUCUGGAGUGAAGAUGUCAGAACUUCCUAGCUACACUGAAAUGGCUGUAGAAAAGUUGAAAGAAAGGUCAAAGGCAUCUGGAGCAGAACAAAACAGUAAGUUGGUGGAUUUGAAGCUGAAGAACCUCCUAGAAGCUCAGCCACAGGUGGCAAAUUCAUUCUCCAGUGCUGCUCAGAAAGCUGUAACUGAUAGCUCAGAGCAAGACAUUAAGAAUGGAACAGAGGAGCAUCGUGCUGAGCGAUUACAAAAAGCAACAGAACGUUUUAGAAAUCCUGUUGUGUUCAGCAAGGACUCCACCGUCAGAAAAACUCAGCUCCAGUCUUUCAGUCAAUACGUGGAGAGCAGACCAGAGAUGAAAAGGCAGAGAUCAAUACAGGAAGAUACAAAGAGAGGAAAUGAGGAGAAGGCUGCGAUAACUGAGACUCAGAGGAAGCCAUCAGAAGAUGAAGUGCUUAAUAAAGGGUUCAAAGACACCAGUCAGUAUGUUGUAGGAGAAUUGGCAGCACUAGAGAAUGAGCAAAAGCAAAUUGACACCCGUGCCGCGCUGGUGGAGAAGCGCCUUCGCUAUCUCAUGGACACAGGAAGAAACACAGAAGAAGAGGAAGCUAUGAUGCAGGAGUGGUUCAUGCUGGUUAAUAAGAAGAACGCUUUAAUAAGACGAAUGAACCAGCUUUCUCUCCUGGAAAAAGAACAUGACCUAGAAAGGCGCUACGAACUGCUGAACCGGGAGUUGAGAGCAAUGCUUGCUAUUGAAGACUGGCAAAAGACCGAGGCGCAGAAGAGGCGAGAGCAGCUGCUGCUGGACGAACUCGUUCUUCUCGUUAACAAACGGGACGCGCUGGUGCGGGACCUGGACGCCCAGGAGAAGCAGGCCGAGGAAGAGGACGAGCAUUUGGAGAGGACCCUGGAGCAAAACAAAGGCAAGAUGGCCAAGAAGGAAGAGAAAUGCCUCCUCCAGUGAGCGGCCCGCCCGCGGCGCAGCGCGGCUUUUUCAGACGGCUUCAAAAUGCCGGCUGGGGAGGGGGGAGGGGGGGGGGGAGGGGGGACGGACAAAAAACAAAAAAAAGAGAAAAAAAAAAAAAAAAAGGUUUGGAAAACGAAAUUGUAAACUUUUUCCUCUUUCUUUACGUUUUCUUAGGCCAGAGCUAGGCUGCACCGGGCCCCGUCCCGUUGUGGGGUUUUGGGUGUUUUGGUUUUUUUUUAGUUCUCCCUUUUUUUUUUUGGGUUCCCAUCCCCGGGGGGGGCCCGCUGAACGCGGCUUUUUGUCGUCCUAGGGUUAGAGAGGGGGGUGGGAGGGGGGGAACAGCCACCACCAUCAUCAUCCUCAGCCGCCGGGGUCGGGCCCCCCCGAUGCCAUCGCCCCCGUGUCCCGCUGUGUCCCGUCACCCCCCCCCCCCCCCCAGCCUCGUUUUUAUUUAUUGCGCCCGGGCGGUAAAACCCCGGCCCCCCCCUGCCCCCGCGUGUGCCCCCACGCGUGUCCCACGUCCCUCGGUGGAGCUCGCCCCGGUUAUUUAUUACAGCCCCGAGCCGUGACACAGUUUGCAAUAAAAGCCGAAUCUUUCUUACCGU